AUGGUAGAGUGGGAGCGAGUUUAUUUGGGCUUGGGAUGUCAAAAUCCGCUUGACCACGUCAAUGGAGUAAUGAAAGAGAUCAGCCCCAACUCUUCGAUUGAACUCACCGAACUGACUUUGGCAGAAAUUCGAACACUCAUCAAAUUCAAAAACUUACCACAUGGGCAACGCAUUAAGCUUACCAAUUGUUUAUUAUUCAAAACUGAAGCACCAGACAAAGUUAUCGGCGAAGUAUUGGCGACGCUUUGGCGUCGAUACCCCACUGAAGUUGAACAGACUAUCAGUGACAAAGGGCAAUUGCAACAUUCGGGGAUAUUGAGAGCGUGUAUCAUCCAUAUUGGCAGUACUUUUAAGUACGCAGAUCAUGCUCGACUUGCUGAACUCAUAUCCACAACUCUGAAGAUUUCCAAGGUGCUGCCUGUACGAUUAUUGGACAAUUGUGGUAAGAACUUGAGGCAUGAGAACAAGGCGAAAAUGCUUCGAAUGAUUGAUAAUCUUCAAAGGAAUUGCAACGCUGUAGACAUCUGUAUUGGUUGUCAACAAGUCGAGCAACAGGGCAAGACAUUCAUUCCGUUGCCUUCUUCAUCUCAAGAUACGUCUGCGCAUAAAUUGGUUGAAGUGUCGCCAUCAAUUGACCUGAAGACGUGUUCUUGUAAAGAAAAUCCAAGAAAGCGAAAAUGGCAGACGAAAAGCCCCAAACACAAAAAGCAAAACGCUGCUGCCGAUAUUAAGCGUGACAUUACGAUCCCACGGGAUUUAUCCCAGACGAUAUUCCACGAUUAUGAUAUAUACUCUUUUAGAGGAAGUUCAACUCAACUCGAAACAGAAAAGAGUACUAGUGAUAUAGAUUUUGGCAUCGAGUGGACGUACGUAUGA